AUGGCGUCAUCGAUCCCAACAUUUCUAACAUUAAUUUCUGUUAACAAAUUUCGAGAAAUUGUUAAUACACACUUUGAAAAAGAAAUUAACGAAGAUGAACGAUAUGAUCCACGGGAUAUUCAACGUUUUAAUGAAAUCGAUGAAUAUACAUUAAUGUUUAUUCAACAUGCACAAUUUGGUCCAAAUUUUAAUGAAGAUCUAGCAUUUCGAGUUUUUAAUGCAUCAAUGAGUUGGAGAAAAAAACAUAAUAUUUAUGACGUUUCUACAAAUGAAUUUCCUGCCGAUUAUUUUGAUCGAAAUGGGAUUUAUUUUAAAAAUCGUGACAAGAAUAAUAAUUCAAUACUUCAUUUUGUCGUUCGAACAUUUAAUAAAGGUCAAGAAGAUAAUGAAGUUGUGAAACGUUUUAUAAUAUAUAAUUUUGAAAGACAUGUUCGACGUCAUCCUGGUGAAAAAAUUGUUAUACUUUUUGAUAUGAGUGAAACUGGUCUCAGAAAUCUAGAUUUUGAUUUAGUUAGAUUUAUUGUUGAUUGUACGCAAAUUAAUUACCCAGCUUAUAUGAUUAAUUUUAAAAUGCCAUUCAUUUUGCAAGCUGCAUGGAAAAUAAUUCGCUCGUGGUUGCCCGCUGAAGCAGAACAAUUUAUUAAAUUCGUCGAUGCUAAAUCGAUCACACAGUUUAUACAACCCGAUCAAUUGUCAACAGCAAUGGGCGGCACUGAUACAACAAAUUAUGUUCAUAUUCAUGAUCCAAUAAACGACGCCAUUGAAGAUUCAAUGAAUGCAAGUUUAAAGAAAAAAGUUACUUUUGCUGAUAGCGGUUCACUUGAUUUAUCCCUUUCAUCAACACCAACAGAAUCAAUAAUGACCACUGAUAAUCUACCAAAGAUGGAUUUACCACUACAUGAUGAACCACUAACACCAGAAGAAUCUAAUCAUUCCACGUCUACAUCUGAGUCAUGUCACAUAGUCACUAGAAAAUCAAUAUUACAAAAACCAAUUUUAGUCAAUGGAUGUAUGGGUGAAGAAAAAGUUUAUCAUGGACUUGGAAUAAGACCACAUGAUGAAAUGAUCUUUGAACGAACAGAUUCUUCAUCACAUGGAACAACUGAUUGUAUUCAAACACUACAAUUAACAAAUGUAGGUGAUAAAAUCUUAACAUUUAAAAUUAAAACAACAUCACCUGACAAAUUUCGUGUUAAACCUGGCUGUAGUCUUCUACAUCCAGGUGCAACAGCUACUAUUUCUGUUUAUUUAUUAAAAGCUUAUUGUACACCAACAAGUAAUAUUAAUAAAGAAAAAUUUUUAAUUAUAUGGACAUUAAUUGGCCAUGAAUUAAAACAAGCACAACUAAUUGAAUUUUGGAAAAAUGUACCUAAUUCGGUGCUUUAUGAACAUAGAUUGAAAUGUUCAUUGAGUAAUAAAUUAACAUCUGUCACGUCUAUUGAAACAAAUUCUUUACGUUCAUCUAUUUCGUCUGAUCCGUCAAUUGCUGAAAUGCAAAAUAUAUUAAAAGAUUCUAUUGCAUUACAAAAAACUACUAUAGCAGAAACUUCAAGAGAACUUAAACAAAUUCGAUAUCUUCUAUUAAUAGUUUUUGCACUUUUAUUCGUUAUUUUAUUAUUGGAUGUGCAUAAAUAUUUUUUUUCUGUUUCAUCGUCAUCAUCUGUAAAAAGUGAUUUGUGA